UUAGUGGUUUUCGGCCUGAAAACAAGUAUUGCGUCUCGGUGUGCACGAUCAAAAUGUUUCCAUUCUAUAUCGUGAUUUUGUUGACAUCUGUCGCAUUAGUAGUUUGUCUAGAUAUAAUUCAUGUUGUAAGAACAAUCUUUGUACUGCUUUCAAGAAGAAAAAGGAGAGGAGAACAUUUAAACUCGAUCCUUGACGUCGGAAUUAGCAAAAGUAUAUGCCUGCCAUUUGACCUAGAUAUCUUUAUGCACAUGAACAAUGGGAACUAUCUGAAGCACUGUGAUAUAGCGAGAAUAUGGUUUUGGAAGGAGACUGGAGUUUGGGACCUGCUGUUCAAACUUAGUGGAUCUAUGACGUUAGGAGGCAGCUGUAAUCGCUACAGAAGAGCUAUAACUCUGUUUACAAAGUUUACUAUAAAGACUAGAGUAAGAAACUGUAAAUUCGAUCUUUACAAGGAAAAGUUGAGAUAACAUGUGUUGUUUUGUUUGGAAUUAGAU